GCCCUGUUACCGGCGGACACUGCCAGGCCGACAUGGCGUCGUCCGCCUACAGGCUCAGCUGCUCCCUCGCCGGGCACCAGAUGGACGUCAGGGGGUUGGCCACCACCCUGUUCCCCGUCGGAGCCUUCGUGUCCGUGUCCAGGGACCGCACGGCCCGGGUCUGGGUGCCCAACAGUUCAAACAGGGGUUUUACAGAGAUGCAUUGUAUGAAUGGACAUUCAAAUUUUGUGUCCUGUGUGUGCAUCAUAGCUCCGAAUGACACAUAUCCUCGUGGACUCAUUGUAACUGGAGGAAAUGACCAUAACAUUUGUGUUUUCACAUUGGAUAGCCCAGCACCAUUAUACAUUCUAAAAGGGCAUAAAAAUACAGUUUGUAGUCUAUCUGCUGGAAAAUUUGGCACGUUACUCAGUGGUUCUUGGGAUACAACCUCUAAAGUUUGGCUAAACGAGAAAUGUUUGAUGACUUUACAGGGUCAUACAGCAGCAGUAUGGGCUGUAAAAAUAUUACCUGAACAAGGCUUCAUGCUGACAGGAUCUGCUGACAAAACAAUUAAGAUGUGGAAAGCAGGCCGAUGUGAGCGGACUUUCAUGGGUCAUAACGACUGUGUUAGAGGACUGGCCAUUUUGAAUGAAUUAGAGUUCCUGUCUUGCAGCAAUGAUGCCACUGUUCGUCGAUGGCAAAUCACUGGAGAGUGUUUGCACACUUAUUAUGGGCAUACAAAUUAUAUUUAUUGUCUAUCAGUCUUCCCAAAUGGAGAAGAUUUUGUUACUACUGGAGAGGAUCGAUCCUUAAGGAUUUGGAAGCAUGGAGUUUGUAGUCAAACAAUCAGGCUUCCAGCUCAGUCCAUCUGGUCCUGCUGUGUACUGGAUAAUGGUGAUAUUGUUGUGGGUUCAAGUGAUGGCGUAAUAAGAGUGUUCACUGAGGCUGAAGAGCGGACAGCCACUGCUGAGGAGAUUCAAACUUUUGAGAAUGAGUUGUCCAGUGCAACUAUUGACCCUAAAACUGGAGAUUUGGGAGAUAUAAAUAUUAAUGAACUUCCAGGAAGGGAACACCUUGAUGAACCUGGUACAAGGGAAGGUCAGACACGGCUCAUCAGAGUUGGAGAUGCUGUUCAUGCUUAUCAAUGGAGUGUUGUUGAUGGGCGAUGGAUAAAGAUCGGUGAUGUGGUGGGCUCAUCGGGAGGAACCCAGAAAACCUCAGGCAAAGUUCUUUACGAAGGCAAAGAAUUUGAUUAUGUAUUUACUAUUGAUAUUAAUGAGGGUGGACCUUCAAUGAAACUGCCUUACAAUAUCACUGAUGACCCCUGGCUUGUGGCCCACAAUUUCUUACAAAAGAAUGACCUGAAUCCAAUGUUCCUAGAUCAGGUUGCAAAUUUUAUUAUUGAGAACACAAAAGGACAUACACUCGGAUCAACAGGCUCAGGAUUUUCAGACCCUUUUACAGGUUCAGGUCGUUAUAUACCAGGGACUGGAUUAAGCACUGGAGGCUCAAGUGGAGUGGAUCCAUUUACAGGAUCUGGCCGCUAUGUACCUGGCUCUGCACCAUCGAACCUGGCUCCUUCUGCGGGAGGUGAUCCUUUUACAGGAAGAAAUGCCUAUGUUUCUACUGAUGGACAUGCAGGUACUAUACCCAUCAGCAAUCCUUACUUUCCAAAAAAAGACCCUGUAACAUUUGAUCAGGCAAAUAUAACCCAGAUAAUAGGGAAGCUAAAGGAGCUGAAUGGGAGUACAUCUGCUGAACAGAAACUAUCUGAAAGUGACCUACAAAUGCUUGAGAAGUUUCUUUCCAUUGUUUCUACUCCUGCACUAGAAGCUCCAACAGCACAACAAUUGGAGAUUUUAUGGAAAGCUGCUCAGUGGCCUGAAGAUAUUGUGUUUCCUGUGCUGGAUAUUCUUCGUCUAGCUAUGAGACACCCAGCAGUAAAUGAACAUUUCUGCAGUGGAAACUAUAGUACACAAUUCAGCAACUACCUCUUAAACAAAAUUAACCUGCAGGGAAAACCAGCAAAUCAAAUGCUCAUCCUCCGAACAGUCUGCAAUUGUUUUUCUAGCCAAUCGUAUGGUUCAAAGCUCAUGAUGUCCUUGAGAGAGACAAUACUUUCCCAAGCAAUAGAAAUGAAAGCAACUAGCAACAAGAAUGUUCACAUAGCACUGUCCACUUUAAUAUUAAACUAUGCAGUAAAUCUGCAUACAGGAAGUGAUAUUGAAGGUAAAGCAAAUUGUUUAUCCACUAUUAGUGCAGCCAUGGAAGCCCUCCAAGACUAUGAAGCCAUUUUCAGACUUCUGGUGGCUCUUGGGACAAUUAUUAGUGACGAUCCUAAUGCCUUGCAGCUGGCUCAAUCAUUGGGAGUUGAUUCACAGAUCCGAAAGUAUUCUUCCGUGUCAGAUCCAGUUAAAGUUGGUGACUGCUGUAGAUUUGUUUUGAAGAUGCUGUGAUUACCGAUUGUAGAUUUUCUCGGGUUACAGCUAAGUGGUAUUAAUUUUAAUUACUUUUGUUCUGUAAACUCUAACAGAUGAAUCAAAUGGUAGGUGAAGAAAUGCUGGAAAGUUUGAUUUUUGUGGUGGAACUAUCACAGUAAAAGUCCUACAUAUAAAUAAAAUAUUAAGAAUAAAUGAUUUUCCAAAAUG